CGUAUGCCUGCAAAUUAGAAACAACUGCACGUUUGACACCGUGUAUCAUGGCUUUGUCUCAGUGCUUAGAUGAUUUCCCCGGCCCAGUCCACAGAAUGUACCAGUUUAAGAAUGACUUUAACCCGCAGGAGCUUUACAAUGAAACGCACAGGCUGGCGCUGGAGGAAUUGAUAUCGGGUGGGAGAGAUGGCUUUUUAGAGUUUUUAAAAAAAGAGAAGAUCCCUAAUUUCCUUUCCGACGAUGAAAUAAGACGGAUAGUCCACUCUGCCGAUGUACCCAAAUGGGUGUCUCUCGCCGGGGACGCUGGGGGCCUGGAACAGUCGAUAACUAGCUCUCUUGACUGCUCCUCCGUCACCUACUUCCCGGAGGUCUCGGACAUAGAACCGCCCCACCUGGAGAUCGGCUGGCCGGCUUUCACGGGCAACUCUUACAGAGGAGUCACCCGGGCUGUGGCUCACUUUCAGCCCAGCUACGGGGAGUGCAUUUACAGCUGCAAGGAAGCGGCGAGGAGAAUGAUCAAAAGUGCGAAAGAGGUCAUUGCCUUGGUAACGGACUCUCUCACAGACUUGGACAUCUUUAAGGACCUCCAGGAGGCCUGUACAAAGCGCAGAGUCCCAGUCUACAUCCUGCUGGACCAGUCCUGCCUCCCCUCCUUCCUACAGAUGUGCAAGAGCCUCAACGUACGACUCGACGAACUGCAACAAAUGCGGGUGCGGACCAUAACCGGAGUCACUUAUUUCACACGAUCAGGGGUCAAGAUUGUGGGGAAGGUUCACGAGCGGUUCAUGCUGAUUGAUGGCAACAGGGUGGCCACAGGCUCCUACAGGUUUACCUGGACGGAUGGCAGACUGAACAGCAGUAACCUGCUGGAGCUGUCAGGCCAGGUCUCGGAGCACUUUGACGAGGAGUUCCGGAUACUGUACGCUCAGUCCAAGCCGCUCAACCCCAAGGCCCCCGCCAGCUGCCGGAACAGCGGGGUCUAUGACCACCUCGCCACUAAGCUGCCUGCAGCCCGUGAGCUACCAUUGGGCAACCUGCUGGGAGUGGAGCCGUGUAGGCUGUCGAGCACGCCCAACAGGGCCAAGCCUGCCAUUGUGCCCCCUGGGGGUGAAGACAGCGAGCGCCCGAAAGACAGCCGAGUGUCCGAAGCUUCCACUAUCGGAGAGGAACCACCCAAGAUGGAAGACUGGCUACAGGAGCCCGAUCCUGUGGAGGGGGGCCAUCCGGCUGACACUCCGACAGAGGCUGCUACUGGGGUGCCUGGGUGUACUCAAACAGAGAAGGCUGCCGAGGAACCCACUACAACGUGUCAUGCUUUCACCCAAACCAAUGUCCUGACAGUGGAUUGUGAUGCCCAAACUGAUGUGCUCUCCAAGGAGUCCACUCAGUCAUCAGUGACGUCCUCUACAGCCUCAUCCAGUCAAACCAACAGCCAGGAGAGCUCUGCAGCACCUGUCCCCUCGUCUCAAGCGUCUCCUCCUUACACGACCGAUGCCUUGAAAUGCUCUCCCCCUAAAAACCCGGACUCCUCCCAGUCUCCUGAUGGCUCUCUGAGGGUCUGCUUCCAGAAGCUGAGCAAAGAGCGCCAGUACCACUACUCUACCAUCCGCGCCAAGCUCGACCACAUGGUCUCUCUUCUCUCCCAUCGCCGGGAGCUGGUCGGGCUGACCUUUAACCCUAGUUGCUACAACCGCAGGAAGAUGCAGGAGCACAACCCCCAUGCUUUGAGAUUUCGAGAUGGUGCGCUAAUGCCAUCUCUGACCGUUCCAAAUAGACUCAAAUGAAAACCUGACAUUUGAAGAGCAGCUUGGAAUGAGUAUUAAAUAUCAUACCCAAACUAAUAUUUUUCUUGUGUUUGUAUUCGCUUUGUAUCAUGUAUUUCAGGUACAGCGGUUACACACUGAUGUACCAGAUGUACUUGGAGGUCAGACAUGAUUCUGAGAGCUCUACUGAGGCUCCAGGGGGGCUUUAAACUGUAGUUUAAGAAGUCCCCACAAUGUAAUGACUGAAACAGAAAAUGAUACAAAGUGAACUGAGACAACAAGAAGAAUACAUUUGUUAAGAUUAAGUCUGAUAUUUCCUACCCAUGUGGCUCCUUUUAAAUACAGACAACUUUUACAAUGUUGGGAUUGGAGCACUACCAUGAACUGGUCUGAAUGCCUUUUCAAAGUUCAUUCAUAAGUCAUCAAUAAUGGUACAAAAUAGUAUUGCACAUGUAAUGGACGUGUGUUUUAAAGUUACUGGUCAACUACCAUGGAAAGGGGCUUUAUUUACUGUCCUUUUACAUUUUGCUAUUCAACCUGAGCAAAAGCCACUGAAAUUAGGUAUAAAGCGACCAGCUAAAGAGGAAUGUGGGACAUUAGGUACCGAAUACAAACCUCCCGUCGUUUGCCAUGACAAUCUCAUAUAGAAAUUCAUUUUAAAAGUACUUGGUUAGGGUGAAAUGGUGAAAAGGUAGAACUAGUAUUACACUGAAUUUAUUUAAAGAAAUUAUAUAGAAUUGUAUGUGCCUUGCCUCUUAUUCUAGGUAAAUGUUUUUUUUUCCUUGAGUAAACAAAAGUAAAAUUUAGCAGUAAUUUGGGGUGAAUAUUUUACUUGCUUAAAAGUGAUGCAGUGAUUCCUGCCCUCGCACUCCCAGUAAAACCAAAGGGAAGGACAUAUGUCUAUCAUGGCUGGGUUUACAUGCACGUGAAAAUCCACUGUACAGUCAUGACUGUGUGACGUUGCCACGCGUAUACAUGGUGAAACGGCAAAAGAACGUCCUUUUGGCAGCGCGACUUUGACAGGGUCAGUCGCUUUCUCACGAUAAAAAUAGCUGUGGAUUAAUUUCUCUUCUUAAAUGUUUUUAUCUUCAUGGCAACGCAUGAAGCUCUCCUCGCCAUAUUCAGUCGUUCUUUUCCUACUUGGUAAGCAGACACAGAUAUUUAAAUAUCCCCUCCCCUAAGUGACUAUGAAUUGAGUAAUCUGAAUUGGUACAGUUUUUUUUUUUUUUUUUUCCCUAAAUCCGAAAUGCACAGCAGCGCAUUUCCUGAAAAGUACAGCAAACAGGUCGUGAGGAACACUGUUGUGACUUGUGCAUGUAAACGCCGCCAUUGUCAUGGACUUCAAGGGUAGAACCAAAAACAAGUGCGGAGUUACUGUGAAGUGAAUACAGGCAGGUCUGGUACUCGUUGAUCUAACGCUUAAUAGGGUUUGUGUUUAUUUGGUUGAGAUUUAUGAAAAGCUUCAGUACUUGAAAGUAAAACACUAGUCUAUUUUAAACUUGAAUUGUCUUUCCUGUGCUUCUAACUGUAUUUUUCUUUUUGUACUGUGCAAUUCUUGUUCUGACGAGUAAUAAAGUUAACAACUUGUAGCUUUAUCUGUAGCAAUAGUUUAAACAAAAAAAAUAAAAUAAAAAAUUUAACAGAA